AUGGUGAAGCCCAGUGAAAAGCUGCUCCAGGAACUGCGAGCAUAUAUGGAAGAGGAGGACUUCCUGCUGGAGGUCUCUUGCUGGGCGUGGGAAUAUUGCAUGAAGUUCCCCUUCGAGGCGCCCAGCCGCUGGGAGCAUCCCUUGGAGUUCACUCAGCUGCAUGCAGAGUACAGAGAGCUUUUCGAAGGCAGAGCCAAUGAGUUCUGCGAACAGGAGGGAUUGGACAUUCAAGAACUCCUGCAGGGGGUGGCCAGCAGUCUGCGGGAAGAGCCUGGAGACACGCGGGCUCUCAUCGACUCCUUGACAGCAUCAGAGGACUACCUCUCCUUUUGCAAGUUUAUGCAGCGUGUGCGCCAGCGGCGAGACUGGGCCGAGGGGCGUGAGGUUGUGCCCGUGGAGGAGGAUCUUGGCCCCAAAGUACCCACGCCAAAGCGCGGCUUGGAACAGGUACCAGAAGAGGAGCAGGACGUGCAGGUUUAUGUUGGGGUGGUGGGGGCAAACAGGUGA